ACAGACGGCAUCCGAGGAGACACCCUGAUUGACAUCGGCACCGGUCCCUCCAUCUACCAACUGCUCUCUGCAUGUGAGUCCUUCAAGGAGAUCAUUGCCACAGAUUUACUUGAGCAGAACCGGGCAGAGUUGCAGAAGUGGCUGAAGAAGGACCCGGAAGCCCUCGACUGGACCCCCAUGGUGAAAUAUACCUGCCAGCUGGAGGGGGACAGGGAGAAGUGGAAGGAAAAGGAGGAAAAGCUCAGGAGGACCAUCAAGCAGGUCCUGCCGUGCGACGUGACCCUGGCCAAUCCCUUGGAUCCUUUGGUGCUCCAGCCAGUCGACGCCAUCAUCUCCACUUUCUGCCUGGAAUCGGCUUGCGAUGAUCUUCCCGCUUACUGUUCAGCUAUGAAGAAUGUGGCCUCCUUGGUCAAACCUGGGGGCCACCUCAUCUUUGCAGCAAUUAUGGAGGAAAACUACUACAUGGUUGGCCCACAUAAGUUCGGUUGCCUUUACCUGACGCCAGAAAUGGUCAGAGAUGCUGUGAAAGGGGCCGGCUUUGAAGUCCUGUGGUCUCAGGGCCUUGGGUUGACCUCUCUCCUGUCGGUGUGUGAUGCCAAAGACACACUUUUCCUAGUAGCCAAGAAACCUAGUGAAUCCCAGUGAGUUAGUGGGGAAAGAACCAAAGUCAACCAAAGGAACACCAUAAAUGAAGCUCAUUCUCCAAAUCUUUGAGCCCAAGGUUGGAAACGCACAAAGAAGGACCCAUAUUUACUCGAGUCUAAUGCACCAUUUUCAGAACCCUGAAACCCAAAAAAGCAUUUAACAUGUUACAUAAAUCUAAUGUGCACCCUAAUUUUGGGAAAGUAAUUUGGUCAAAAAAGGUGAGCAUUAGAUUUGAGUAAAUACAGUAUAUUGUUCUAUGUCAAGAUGGCUGACGGAUCCUGUCUCUAUAACUUAGUGAAGUUUUGCCUCAGACUUAAUGGAGUUGUCCCAGGUGCUGAAAUAGUCCCAGGACCUCCUUUAAAAGUAGGCAAAACCAGGACUGACCUCUAAUAUUAGGAAGGUAAAUGGUAAGAAAAGGUGAGCAUUAGA